GUUUAGGAGAACUUUUCCCGGAUGGAGUGCGAGCGAAACGCUGAAGUAAAAUGGAUUGGAUAAGCAGAGCAGUAGGGACGACGACGACGACGACGACGACGACGGGAGAUGAUGACACCUGGCGGAAGCGGGAGGUUUAAGCCGUUACCGACGGCGAUGUACGCCGGAUAUUCAGGAACGGCGUCGUCUUGGGUAGCGAAGACUUCUGUUUCUGCUUCUGGGAAGCGGAUACAGAGGGAGAUGGCGGAGCUGAACGUGGAUCCGCCUCCUGAUUGCUCCGCUGGACCCAAAGGGGAUAAUCUCUACCAUUGGAUCGCAACCAUUAUUGGUCCCUUUGGAACUCCGUAUGAAGGAGGGAUCUUUUUUCUGGAUAUAAUUUUUCCGUCUGAUUAUCCCUUCAAGCCACCUAAGGUGGUUUUCAAGACUCGGAUCUACCAUUGCAAUGUCGAUACUGCCGGGAGUUUAAGUGUGGAUAUCCUGAGAGACAGUUGGAGCCCAGCUCUUACAAUCACAAAAGUCUUACAAGCCAUCAGAUCCAUCUUCUUAAAACCUGAACCCUAUAAUCCAGCUUUACCAGUGAUUGCACGGCUAUACGUGUCGGAUAGAGAAAAGCAUGACGAGGUAGCAAAAGAAUGGACAUUGCGAUUUGCCAAGUGAACAAAGAUUUGACGAGGAAAGACAACAGAUAUAUUAUUGUACACCUAGUUCUUUGAUUAAAUGCAUCCACCAAAUUCGAGCCACAAUGUUAGAUGACCAAGAAAAAUUGUUUGCUCAGAUAAUAGGCAACGAUAUGUGAGGUAGGACCUAUCCUCUCUAACUCCAAUUUAUUGAAGUUUAUACAAUUUAGUGU